CAAGAAGUACAUAUGCAUGUCAAAUAUUUGCACUAUAAAAUUUGCACAAGAAAGUAAAUGAAAUGUUGUUACUUUUCUCAGGUAAAUGUCAUAUGUACGUCACGACGCAUCCUUGAAUCUUAUUAUUACACAACUUGACACUUGUCUAGAAAGAUUAAGUUCAAGUUUGGAUUUUCAAGGGAAGUGUCACUACUAUCCCGAUUAGAAUUUCCACCGAAUCGCCGUCUUUUAAAAUACGUUUAUCGAGCCGCGGUCAUGAUUUUUGUUGUCUUGUUGUUAUUUUCUUUUCAGACCACUUCAUCCUUGCAUAUAGCUGGUCGAUCAAAUGCAACUAUAAACAAUUCAGUCGCGGAAGUUUCAAAUGAGUUAUUCAACUUGGACUUGAAAAAACAAUUUGCAAAACCACAUUCAAAUUACAAAAUGAAGUGUAAGGUCAAGCUCCCAGUUGCUACAUUCUGGACAGUUGAUGGCCUGGUUCCGGACGGAUCAAAAUUUCAAAUACUUUCCGACUCAAAUCUCGUCAUUCGUAACGUUUCAAACGAAGACUUUGAUCGGGAAUAUUUGUGCCACGCCUUAAUACCAGGGAAAACAAUGGUCGAGUCUAUGCAAAUACUUCUUCAACCCUUUAUUUCAAUGGCCAACACCAAUCGAGAAGGGAAAUCUUUAAGUGAUCCCAGCCGUCCUUCUGAGAAUAUUGCUCCCUCCAGACAGGCACAUUCGUAUUCCACCACCAAAGAAGUCCACGCCCUCGUGGGGGCUGAGUGCACUCUCUCCUGCAACGCCCAAGCGAGGCCAUACCCUAAAUUUACGUGGGUGCACAACAAUGGAACAAUUAUUCAGAACCAGAGCGGUUUUACAAUCGCCACAAAUCACGAGGACGUGUCAAACUUGACGAUUUUACUUCGGGACUCGACGUUCUAUGGGGAAUACAUUUGCGAAGCUUGGAACACAUUGGGAAAGUCUGAGACUGUUUUCCUCCUCAAAAUGCCCGAAAAACCUAACGAUAUUCCAUUCUUGUAUCCAAAGGUCAUCGGAAGUAAAGUAAUCACGCUCGGUGUCUCCUUCGAAAAUAUGAAAGUGAAUAACUACACCAAGAUUUAUGUUCAAUUUCGAAAAAUUUUGGACGUUGUCUGGAAUGGAACCAGUAAAGACGGGAAAGCCGAAACUGUCGAGCUUGUCAAUUUAGAAGAAAAUACAACAUAUGUAAUUCGUGCCGCUGUUCGGAACGAAUAUGUCCUUGGAGACUACUCGGACCCAAUCCACGUGACGACAGACAAAGGUGUCCGUAAUUCAGAUGAUGCUUCUUCCUCCUCGCCAAACAAUAUUCAUCCAAGUUCACGACGACUGUUUCAUUCUGAUGAUUCAAUCGCAAGCAACGAUAAUUCGACCAUGUCAUUUUCCAACAACUCAUCCGAUGAUGGGUUUGGGUUCACUAGCAAAGUAGUCGACACCAAGACACUCAGUACUAAAUUUGUCUCAAAAGUUGGCGACAAAUUUAUCAUUACGACAAACACGUCGACUGUCGAAGAAAUUUGGAGCGGAAUUGAAAAUUAUAAAUAGAAUUGAAUCAUGCAAUUCAGUAUUUUUCUUUGUUACUUCAUACAUAUAAGUACUUUAAAUUUAUGAUAAAAAUAAAUGUAUGCACAAUCAACUCUA